AAGAAGUAGUUUGUCAGUCGCCCAGUCUCCGGCCAGACCUCUCAGAAAGGUGUCUGCCGCGACAAGUCUCCCCUGAAGACACCCGCCCUUUCCCGGGUCCCUUGACCAAACUUCCUCCCCGGUGAUACCAGCCCGUUGUUUUCAACCAUGGCGACGAGUGCGAAGCGAAAGCAAGAGGAGACUCAUCUGAAGAUGCUCCGGGAAAUGACUAGCCUGCCCGCGAAUAGGAAAUGCUUCGACUGCGACCAACGCGGCCCGACCUAUGUCAACAUGACAGUGGGCUCCUUCGUCUGUACCACCUGCUCUGGCAUCUUGCGAGGACUGAACCCCCCACACAGAGUGAAGUCCAUCUCUAUGACCACAUUCACACAUCAGGAAAUUGAGUUCCUACAGAAACACAGCAAUGAGGUCUGUAAACACAUCUGGUUGGGCCUCUAUGACGACAGGACAUUAGUUGUUCCAGAUUUCCGAGAACCACAGAAAGUAAAAGAGUUCCUUCAAGAAAAAUAUGAAAAGAAAAGAUGGUAUGUCCCUCCAGACCAGGCACGGGCCGUAGCAAGUGUCCAGGCCUCUGUGUCUGGCUCCUCAGCCAGCAGCACUGGCAGUACCCCAGAAGUCCAACCCCUCAAGACCCUGCAGCUCAACAAGACCCCACUGCGCCAGUCUCCGGGGCGAGGUCGUUCCCACGCUCACAUCGCUGCUCAGGAGAAGAAGUUUGACUUGCUCUCUGACCUGGGAGGAGACAUCUUUGCUGCUCCACCCACUCAAACGUCCAACUCUACCAACUUUGCCAACUUUGCACAUUUUCCAAGCCAGUCCGCACCUCAGGGUAAUUCAGACACCAACUUUGCCAACUUUGAUGCAUUUGGAAACACUGCAAUUCCAUCCCAUCUGAGCACGUCACCCCCCUCAAAGUCCUUUUCAUCAGGGGGAGGUGUGCCAAUUCCGUCGAUGUCUAAUGCCGUCCCCACACAGUCCCACCACGGGAGCCGCAGAGAGGAUCGCUAUGCUGCUCUGGCUGAGUUGGACAACGAGCUCAGCUCCUCUGUUACCUCAGGCAGCAAUGUGCCAGGGAAUUUAUUUGGGCCAGUGCUUGGUUCAUCUCCAGCCCAGAAUCCACCUGUGUUACCCAGCAUGCAGCCUGGCUUUGGAGCUGUCCCAUCCACAAAUCCUUUCGUUGCCGCAGCCGUUGCCCCAGAGAUGGCCACCAACCCUUUCCAGACCAAUGGCAGAGCUCCAGCUGCAGCCUCGUUUGGCACUGGCUCUAUGAGCAUGCCCGCCGGCUUUGGGAAUGCAUCUUCCUAUUGCCUUCCGACCAGUUUCAGCGGAAACUUCCAGCAGCAAUUCCCUGGCCAGGCUCCCAUCCCUUACCCUCAACCUGGGGCCUACCACCCUCAGUCUAAUGGCCCUGCAUUCCCAGUCUACGGUCAGAACAAGCCCUCCAUGACGCACUUUGGGCAGCCCAUGGCUGGCCCUGGCAUGUCCAAUAACCCUUUCAUGGCGGGAGCCCCAGCCGGGUCAUUCCCUUCAGGGGGUUCAACCAACCCUUUCCUGUAGCACAACUUCCAGUCUUUGCCACCAGAGGGCAGCAUGCAUCACAUAUUCAAAGCAUCAUUCCGUCAUGCGAGUAGUGGCAGUACAUUCUUUUAAAAGACUUACGUUUUGUUUUUUGUUUUUUUUUCAUAAAAAAAAAGUUUACAACACUAUGAAGGAGUACAAAGGACUAUAUUGAAGACUAAGGAACUGUUAUGGGAGAAAAUGUACUGUUUGGACUAUAUACAAUACAUUAUAUGCUUUUUUUUAUUUUUUUUAUGACUGUAAGCUCUGUGCAUAUCAUCAUUUGUAAUCACAAUUAAGUACAUGUUAUGUAUAACAAGGACUGAGUUAACAUGGGUGAGUAUACACAUACCUUCUGCGGAAAAAAACUCACUACAAACUAUCUCCGUAGGUAAGGGUAUAGACUUUAAGAUUAUCAACAGGGGUCCAUCCAAAUCCACGAUCUCUGGUUUAGAGAAACCAUGAUGAUGCAGGUAUUUCAUUUUAAAAAGGGAUUUCUUUUUUUUUAUUUGACCAUAAUUGCAACUAUACUGGCACUAAGGUGCAAAAUGUCCUUUAUUAAUUUACAAGUUGCCUAUAACCUAAAACAACCAAACCCACAUCUUUUUAAGUUAGAGUAACAUCCUAAGCAGAGGAAUGGGAUGCAUAAUUUAUCCUUUCAUUAAUUUUGCCAAUAUUUGUGAAAUUGUAGAGAAAGAAAAAGGUUUGGGCUUUUUUUGGUUUGAAACCAAGUGCAGCUCCUUGCAUAUGAGGCCAGCACAGACUUCAGAUGUUUUAGCCCACCAGGUAAAGGGACAAGGAAUGUCUACUAGAGCACAAACGGAGGUGAAAGAUGAGAAGGGCAGGAUUUAAGAUGAUUAUUUGUAUGUCCUGUUACCCAACAUAAUCUAUAAAUAUUGUUAAAAUAGUUAAAUAUACUCUUAAUUAACCUCUCCUGCUCCUGAUAUUCACUAUUUUUCAUGAAUAUGGUAAAGACAAAAGGAAAAACUGUUAAGUAAACUUCAUGUGGGUGUGACCCAAGUUGGGUUGCGUCAAAACAAGUGAAGUAGUUAUUCACAUGGUUGUUGGGUGACUGGUCCUCUUGACAGGGAAUGACAGUUUUACCAGACCUUGCCUGAACAAAACAAAUGUACAACAUUUAAAAAUAUAUAUAUUUAUGAAAUGUUAGUUAUGUUUUAUUCACUACACUCCCUUGACAUCUGUCUUCUUUGCCUUUUGAAGAACAGGAAGAGGAGAAAUAUUGAUCUCCCUUCAGUUUGCUUUAAAUUAAGGCAGGAGAAAAGCACGGAUUCAUUUAGGGAUUAUUACAUUGCUUGAUCAGCCUGGGACUCUGGAGUACUAGUGUCUCAAUUGUGCCACCAAUGACUAACAAUGAAUUUGACAAUGUUUUUCUUGUCUUUACAAGAAUAGGUAAGUAAAUGUGUACAUAUAUAAAUAUAUGUAUAAAUAAAUUAAAAGAUUUUUAACUACAA